AUGGCUCCUUUCCGCUUCAGCUUGGUGCUUGUCCUAGGCCUGCACUUCCGGGCAGCCUGGUCAAGCAAAGCCCUAGACCUCCUCAAUGAAGAGGAGUCCGAGUUGACCCAGAGAAGGGUUGAUUUUGAGGCAUGGUGUCAAAAGGAGGUGGCCACACAGGAGAAGCAGCGCCAAGAGCUCCUGGAGCUUCGGAGCAGCUUCAACGGAGAAGACACGGCUGAAGAGCCCGUUGAUGUGACCUCCGUGCUGGACACGGCGAAGCAGCUGCAGCUGCUGCAGCAAAAAGUGGAGCCGUCCUCCCACGGCAAUUUGAACUUGGCGGUGCAGUGCCUGUCCGAGCUUGAGUCUCAGCUCUCAUCACAGGCUUCAAGCUGGGCCUUCGGGGAGCAGAAAAGCCUCGAGGCGGUGAGGAAAGUGCUUGGCGAUGCCAAGGAGCAGAAAGCGCUGUCCCUCAGCAAGCAGAACCUCACCUUGCAGAUGGCCUCGCUUCCGACGGCCGAGCUCGAGAUGCUCAAGGCGCGGCAGCUGAAGGCCGCCGAGGCUCAAGCAGCGCAACGUGCCAAGGGCCUCGCCGCGCGCAGCGGCCGCCAAGUGUUGGAUGCUGCCGUUGCGCAGACUAAUGCAGCUCUCUCUGAUGCUGCGGGUGUCUGUGGCCUCGGGCGAACCGUGAUGAAUCGUACAGAAGUUGCAGGAAAACAGCUUGUGAAGCAGGCGCUGGAGCUCAUCGGCAGAGCCGAGGGUGCCGCAGAAGCCAUGGCUUCAAAGCAGGCCGAGGUCCAGGUCCCGGCUGCUGCCACGAAGCCUCAUGGUACAGAUGUCCCUGCAACGGACAGCCACGCGCCAGCAACUUCUGCUGAGCUGGCUCGCCUCUUGGAGGUUUCCCAGCAGCUGCAGCAACAACAGCAGCAGAUGCAACAGCAGAUGGCCGAGCUGAGACAGCUGCAAGCUGUAGCAGCUUCGCGCCAUGUAGCAGCAGAUGCGGGGAGUUCUGCAGAACCUUUGCUCAGUGCGGCAGCACCGCUGCAAGAUGCAGCGCCACCAGCGCCACAGCCGGCCUCAAAGCCCGUCUCCGCAAUCCAGCCAUCCAAACCGGCCAGGACGGCCAAACCUGUCAAGCCUUCCAUGUCUCUGGCAGCAGAGGCUGCCGAGGAGAAAGAACUUGAGACUCUCCCGACCCCAGCACAUUCCCGAAAGCGAAGGCAUCAAACUCUGGAGCCACACGAGGAGGCUCCCAGCCCAGCCAUUAAGGUCCAUGAUGAAAGUUUAGACAUCCCCAAAAUGCAGGCACCCAAGGACUUCCCAGCAGCUCUGCGUGGUGGAUGGCAAGGCCUCCUUGCCAAGAAGCGUGCAGAAAUCAAGAAGAAACCUUCGAAGCCUGAUGACGGCCUCGGCAUCAUGGAGCUCAUGCAAACUCCAAAGACGUACACUGCAUGGCAACCAGACCAGAGCACUCCAGCCUCAGCUACGAAGGCCAAGGAAGAUCUCUUGGCGGCGGAAAAAGCUCUAGAUGACGAUGACACCGACAAGCCGGUGCCUGCCAAGAAAGAUCAGUCUUUCCAGCCUCAGCGUGCGUCUUUGGCCGAUCCCUUUUCCUUCUUCCAGUUCGGAUCUGAAGUCCAGCGCCCCUUCCUGUCUGCGCCACCACUCCAAGACAACCUUGUGGCCGCCCUGAUUCACAAGUUCGCUGCGGCCACGAACAGCACGCUGCUCACGGAGCUGUCACCUGAACAGCUGAGCAAGGAAAGUCUGCAGAAUCUGCUGCGCAAGCUGGAGACAGAGUCGCCGGAUGCCGGUGAAGAUUCCGAGCUCAAGCGGAUGUGUGAAACAUAUCAGCAAGAGACCUCCAAAAGCAUAGAGGAAGACUUCUCCAAAGAGGUUCACAACCACUACAUGGAAGCCAAGGCUCAAGAGGAGAGGAAGAUAUUUAAGCGGGAGGUGGCAGCGCGCGAGCAUCUCCUGGUUGCCUUUGGAAACACAUCUCAUCGGCUAAUGGCUGCAAAGCAGCUCAUACAGCAUGGUGCUGCCUCAGACAGAGAAAGGUUCCAAAAGCUUGGACAGGAAGUGGAGAAGCUUGGUCAGAGCAAGGCAAGCACUGAGCUGCAGACCCUCCUGGGGAGCUUUGGCAAGCUGGUUGAGCAGGAGGAGGAGGAGCUCACUGAUGCGGUGGUAGCCGCAGCAUCUCGCCAAGAGCAAGCCGAGUCGCGAGACCAGAGCGAAUUGCAAGAACUGCGAGCAAGAGUGGCAAAGCUGGACUCAUCUUCGCUGCCUGCGUCCGCUGCCUUGAAGGCUGAGCGCGGCAAGCUGGAGCACGUCUGCAGUGUGACCAUGAAGGGCAUCGAAGCACGUCGUUUGCAGCAUGAGGCGCAGCUGAUAGCAAUUCGGUCAGCACUCGCCUUGGCGAGCCAGCUCGCCCUCCCAUAG